CUCUUGCUCUUUGGCUCCGAGACCGCCCACUUCCCGGUCGCCUCGCUUCCUUUACCCGCUGCGCUACCUGCGCCACCUGCACAGCUUCCUGUAUUGCUGUCCUGGGCCGACGUUAAUGACUCACGCGCCGUUCUCCCGAGCUGUCUGACUGUCCUCCUCCCGCUGCUGUACAGCGCGAGCUCUCCUCCGCUCUCGCUCAGGUGAUCAAACACCACGUGAUCGUUGCUGAGAGCCGACGGUGGUGGUCCUGGUGUCCUGGGUGGUGGCUUCCCCUCUUUUUUUGGUGUGCUGUGCGUCCCCUGGUCCUGGUUUUCUCUUCACUAAAGUGUGUGUGUGGCUGGCUGUCACGUGUGACUGGGGUGACCUUAUUUUUCGUUGGAUCCCUCACACCCUUGUCGACCCAUCUCCCUGCCGACUGAGUCUCCAAUGAUGAAGAUCUGCAGCCCGGACAUGAAGUGCCUAGCUCUCGUAAUCCUGAUGAUCAACAGCUUCUGUGUCUUCUCACAAAUUCGCCAUGACACUUUUGUUAUUGUGGGCUGCUUCUACAAUGGGACAACUGAAAUUGAGUUUGAGGUUGAUGAUGAGGAGUUUUUGUAUGCGGAUUUUGACAGAGAUGAGCUUGUUUACACUGUGCCCAGAUUUCUUGUGGAUGACCCAAGUAAACUAUUUGACAGUGAACAUGAAUAUAGGAAUGCAAAGAAAGGCAAGAAAUCAUGUUCAGCACUUGUGGCAAUCGCCAAAGCAGAGGAGAAAAACCCGCCCGAACAAACAGACCCCCCUGAGAGCAUCGUCUACUCUUCAGAGGAAGUUGAGCUGGGAGUUGAAAACAGCCUCGUCUGCUUUGUGAAUCAUUUCUACCCACCUGAGAUCAGAGUCACCUGGACCAGAAAUGGUCUUCCAGUGUCGGAGGGGGCAUCACUCAGUCGGUAUUAUCUCAAUAAUGAUCAGACCUUUCAUCAGUUCUCCACCCUGACAUUCACACCGAGGGAGGGGGACAUUUACAGCUGCACUGUGGAGCACAUGGCCCUGGACAGGCCUCAAACAAGGAUCUGGGAACCUGACUUUAGUCAUGGCAGUGUGGGACCAGAUGUUUACUGCGGUGUGGGCCUGGCUGUGGGUUUGUUGGGAGUCGCAGCUGGAACAUUUUUAAUGGUUAAAGGACACCAUAGACGGUAACAUCUCUGUUUGAGAUA